UCUUUCUUUCUCUAUAAGCCCAAAACCCUUUCUUUUCUCUUUCUCUUAUCUUCUUUAUAGCAGCCUCUCUAUCUAACCACAAACUCUACUAAAUUUAGGUUUUUUUUAACAAAUUCACUCUCUUUUUGAGUUGGGUUUUUGUUAAAUUAAUCUCUGUCGUCAAGUUAUUGCUUAAAGUUUCAAUCGUGACACUUUAAUUUCUUAAAAAACCCUAAAAAAAUGGCAUCAUCAACAGCUCAGAUUCAUGUUUUAGGUGGAAUUGGGUUUCCUUCAUCAAAAUCAAGAAAACCCAGUUUUUCUUUUCCAAAAAAGACUGUAUUUUUAGGUUCUAAUCUAAAGUCUCAUCAAACGGCGGCGUUUUUAAGACAAAGCAAUACUAAUGCAAGGAGAAAGUAUGGACCUUUGAGAGUAGUGAAUGAGAAAGUUGUGGGUAUUGAUUUGGGUACUACUAAUUCAGCAGUUGCAGCUAUGGAAGGUGGGAAGCCAACAAUAGUGACAAAUGCUGAAGGGCAAAGAACGACACCGUCUGUUGUGGCUUAUACUAAAAAUGGCGAUAGGCUUGUUGGACAGAUUGCAAAGAGGCAGGCUGUUGUGAACCCUGAAAAUACUUUCUUUUCUGUGAAGAGGUUUAUUGGGAGAAAGAUGUCUGAGGUUGAUGAGGAGUCUAAACAGGUUUCUUAUAGAGUUGUUCGAGAUGAGAAUGGAAACGUUAAGUUGGAUUGUCCUGCUAUUGGUAAACAAUUUGCUGCUGAGGAGAUUUCAGCUCAGGUUUUAAGGAAGCUUGUAGAUGAUGCUUCAAAAUUUUUGAAUGAUAAAGUGACUAAAGCUGUAGUUACAGUUCCUGCUUACUUCAAUGAUUCUCAAAGGACAGCAACAAAGGAUGCUGGUCGAAUUGCUGGCUUGGAAGUUCUUCGCAUAAUCAAUGAGCCUACUGCUGCUUCAUUGGCAUAUGGGUUUGAAAAGAAGAACAAUGAAACCAUCCUAGUCUUUGACCUUGGUGGUGGUACAUUUGAUGUUUCAGUGCUUGAAGUUGGUGAUGGAGUUUUUGAAGUGCUCUCUACUUCAGGAGAUACACAUUUGGGUGGUGAUGACUUUGAUAAGAGAAUUGUUGAUUGGCUUGCUGGUAACUUUAAGAGAGAUGAAGGCAUUGAUCUUUUGAAGGACAAACAAGCACUUCAGCGUUUGACUGAGACGGCUGAGAAAGCUAAGAUGGAGCUGUCAUCUUUGACUCAGACUAAUAUUAGUUUGCCUUUCAUCACUGCUACUGCUGAUGGCCCCAAGCACAUCGAGACCACAAUCACAAGAGCUAAGUUUGAGGAAUUGUGUUCUGACCUGCUUGACAGGCUUAAAACACCAGUUGAGAACUCUUUGAGAGAUGCUAAACUAUCCUUUAAAGAUAUUGAUGAAGUGAUACUUGUUGGUGGAUCAACUCGUAUACCAGCUGUACAGGAACUUGUAAAGAAAAUGACUGGAAAGGACCCAAAUGUCACUGUGAACCCUGAUGAAGUGGUUGCCCUAGGUGCUGCAGUUCAGGCUGGAGUCUUGUCUGGAGAUGUUAGUGAUAUUGUGCUGUUGGAUGUCACACCGCUGUCCCUUGGUCUGGAGACUCUUGGUGGGGUUAUGACAAAAAUCAUUCCCAGAAAUACUACUCUGCCCACAUCCAAAUCAGAGGUGUUCUCAACUGCUGCAGAUGGACAGACAAGUGUUGAAAUUAAUGUCCUUCAGGGUGAGAGAGAGUUUGUUAGAGAUAAUAAAUCCCUUGGUAGCUUCCGCCUUGAUGGUAUUCCUCCAGCACCACGUGGAGUUCCUCAAAUUGAAGUUAAAUUUGACAUUGAUGCCAAUGGUAUUCUCUCUGUUACUGCCAUUGACAAGGGCACUGGAAAGAAGCAAGACAUCACCAUUACUGGUGCUAGCACCUUACCCAGUGAUGAGGUUGAGAGGAUGGUGAGCGAAGCUGAGAGGUUUGCUAAGGAGGACAAGGAGAAGAGAGAUGCCAUUGACACGAAGAACCAGGCAGAUUCUGUUGUCUACCAGACAGAAAAGCAGCUGAAGGAGCUGGGAGACAAGGUUCCAGCCCCUGUCAAAGAGAAGGUAGAGGCAAAACUGAAGGAGCUCAAGGAUGCAAUUGAGGGUGGAUCAACCCAAGGGAUGAAAGACGCCAUGGCUGCCCUGAACCAAGAAGUCAUGCAGCUUGGCCAGUCACUGUACAAUCAACCAGGUGCUGGGGGAGCUGGUCCCGCACCGGGCGGUGAAGCUGGACCUUCUUCUGACUCAUCAAGCAAGGGACCUGAAGGAGAUGUUAUUGAUGCAGAUUUCACUGACAGCAAGUGAGAAGGCAAGAUGAAUUUUUCUAAUUUUGUAGCCCCUUCCUGGUAAUGUGUAUAAGAAAAUUGAUUCUGUCUGGAUCAAGGGAUAAUGACAUUUCCAGACAUUUUUGCUCUCUGGGGAGUGAGAAACAAUUAUUUCUAGGAAUAUAUAGAGGAACAAGCACCUAAUAGCAACCCAUAAUAGUUAAAACCGUGGGUGUUCAAUUCA